UCCGCGCGCCGCCAUCUUAUUUCCAGAAACGAGUAGAAAGAAGAGCCGGACAGAGAAGGCGGUGACAAGUCCCGUAAAUAACGGAUUUCUUAGGUCUACUAAUUCACUGUAGUCAACUGGUAAUUACCUCGAUUUACUGAAAUGUUGUUCUGUUACUAAAUACCCACCGUGUAUUUUCAUGCGCAAUAAGAUACAUCCAUUUUUCUGCCAUCAUAAUAUGCUAGCACCUUAGCUAACCAUGGCUGGUUAACUUACUAAGUAAGCUCAGGAGAACGAUUAAGUUAAAACCAGCAGAAAUUGAUCAACGGAUGACUUCAGAUUGGCUACUAGCGACAAAUUCAAAAAUAGAACAUUUCCGUGCUAACAAAUGUUUACAUCGUGAGUUUUGUACUGUACCAUCAACGAUAUCCCGCACAUUUGGUUAGCUAUCCUAGCUCUCAUUGGCAGUCAACUUUCGGAUACAGUGGACACGUUUAUUGAUGCUACCUUAUGCUUCUAAUGUGCCUUUAACUCAUCUUUAAGUUUACUCUGGUAUGUAGUGGCGUAUUUGUUAGGAAAAAAGUCAAUUGUAAACGUUAAUGUAAACGUGCUUCGAUGUGAUGUUGAUGGCAAGCUUUGGAUAUUUUACAUUGCUAGCAACGAACGACUUGCUAACGUUGCUAGCUGGUUUUAUGUAAUAGCUAAUGUCAACCUUUCCAUACUCGUGUGGCUGGAGAGCUUGGUCGGUAUUUAUAGACGUGCUUAUAUUACGUACCCACAUAAAAAGAAGACAGUGGUAGCUAACGCUGACCAACCUUUUGUUGCAGUAGCAACGAGUGAAGCUGCUGAACCGCGCGCUCUUCACGUAAUUCUGGUAAAAGAAACAGUCUUGUAUUGCUUCUGUGUUCUGUGCGUUUUAUAGCUAACCAGCUACCUACCAGCACGAUUUCACUAGUGCUGUUUCGGAGAGCAGGCCCCUAUUUGUAACGAUGUUGCUCCCCUACCAUAAAGUAUUAGGUAUUCCUGCAACGAACACCUCUAUUAAUUUGUUAUACAAUGUAUAUCUGUCAGCAAUAUUUAUGACAUGGGGUAGGCCUAACUUUCCAAUAGUAAGGACACAUGGGGGCAGUUUGUUUAACUAUGGAAAAUGCCUGAAUAGAAAUGACAAAGCUGUAUUGUAUUUAGAUUGUGUAACAUAGUACCUGUCAUUGCAUCAUUGUAAUAUGAUGGCCUUGAGUCAUCAGUCAGUUCCACUCUGAAUCAUGAAGUUGUUUGAUUGGGCCCAGGCUGGGGGUUAGUGUUGUCUUUGGAGCUCUUAAACACUCAUGCAUAGUCUCUGGCAACACUAUUGAGAUGAUGAUAAAAAGUAGUCUCUGUCUGCCAAAAUACUGUUGGUGUGUGAGUUCUUUCGCCCCACCAUCCACAUGUAGAGGGGACGCUACAGAUCUCUCUCUCCCCCCCUUAAAAAAAAAAAAAGUUUUUCAACUGUGUGUAUGUCGGGAAGUGUUUUUCUCUUUUCUCUAUUUAGGUGAAGAAGCGACAUCAUUCAAGAUUUUUGUUUUUACACUUCCAUUUUUGGAUAUGGAAAAUUUCCUUUUUUUAUUGACGAGAGGAUGGAAAGCCUCAUUCUGUCUCCCCACUCCUCCCCAUAUUUUCACCCCUUCAUCUGUUGCCUCUUCCCUAUUUCGUUGGAAGGUCCUCUCUCAACACUCCUCCCCAGUCUGCACUUUUUUUCUUCAAUUACCCUACUUUUCAGAAGAUACAAGAUGCCCUCCCCCUUUUAAUUGUUGACCUUUUUUGAUGCCAAGCUGUUUUUUUUUUUUUUUUUAAAUCCCCGGGGAGAAACAUCAACCCAGAAGAUUAUUUUCCAAGGCCACCAUUCCUCUCACAUCUAAAUUGUCUUCACCUUUCCACUAUUAAUUAAAAAAAAGGAAAGAGAGAAAAAAAAAACCAAGAAAAAAAAGAGACUCAGAGCAACGUGGAUCAGUAGUAGUUGGUCAGGCUAACGGGAGCAGUAGGAUCUGUCUCGCCGUGCUUUCACUCUUUACUCAUGGAUCAAGUGUUCCUUCAGGAUAUCUGCCUCGUCUUGGACCACACUACGUCACGAGAAGAACUCGGCCAUUCUUCUCAGCUGCUCCAGGGAGAGCAGAGGCCCUGAAGGAGUCCAGAGCCAGAGAGAGAGAGAAUCCGGAGCCGCCUGACCUGACCCAUCCCAGCAUGAACAACAACGGAGAUGACUGCUACUUCUUCUUCUACUCCACCUGCGCCAAGGGCGACAGCUGCCCCUUCAGACACUGCGAGGCGGCGAUGGGCAGCGAGGUGGUGUGCAGCCUCUGGCAGGAGAGCCGCUGCUUUCGCAAGGUCUGCAUGUUCCGCCACAUGGAGAUCAAGAAAAACAGGAACGCUAUCCCGUGCUACUGGGAGAACCAGCCCGGGGGAUGCCAGAAGCCUCACUGUGUUUUUCACCACGAGAAACCGCGCUUCUCUCAGAAUAAAGUUGUGAAGAAGGAGGGAGAGGAGGAGCCUGUUCAAGAAGAUCCCUCAGCCCCUAAUCCCUCCAACCCACAGCUGCGAGGCGUCAUCAAGUCUGAGACACAGGAAAACGUGCCCAGCCCCACCCACCCACCCGUGGUCAUCAACCCUGUUGAUGACGAAGAUGAGGACGAGGAUGAUCAAUUCUCUGAGGAUGGAGAAUCCAAGUCCUCCCCCAGGAAGCUGCUGUCUGGCCCCAAAGACGAUUCCCUGAACUUCAAUGUGCGUACCCUGGAGGAGAUUCGGCUACGGAAAGCCUUGAAGGCCAGUUUAAGGAAAGCAGAAGCCGCAGGGCUCACCGCGCCAGCCCCGCAGAACAACGGCAGCACUGGAGAGGAGAACAUGCGCUUUACCCGACGCCCAGCACUUUUCACCGCCAAGAACCGUCCAGAGGAGGCAGGAAGGAGGAGAAUUGCAGAUCGCCUCGAACCAAGAACUCCCCCUCACGAUGGUGUGAUGGUGCAGGGCGAGCUGCCUCUGAAGCGUAGCCUGGCUCAGCGCCUCGGAGGGAAGGUGGACGGCUCUGAGGACGAGCCACAGCAGCAGACUCCUCAGUGGGGUGGGCGCUCGUUGAAGGAUAGACUGGGCCAGCCAGUGGACUCCAGCAGCAGAAGCAGCAACAGCAGCAGCCCUCCCCCACCCCUUCCAUCUACCCCCGCCGGCCUCCUGCCCACCCCCAGCCGGGCAGCACCGCCCGGCCAGAUCCGCAUCAAGACGCUGGAGGAGAUUCGCCAGGAGAAGGCUGCCAAGUCCCAGGCUCCACAGCCCUCCGCAGACGCCCCAGUGGACCCUCCCAAGAAGGUCACCACCACCACCCCUGUUACCUUCUCCGAGAACCCUCCCAAGAAGGUCACCACCACCCCCGUUACCUUCUCCGAGAACCCUCCCAAGAAGGUCACCACCACCCCCGUGACCUUCUCCGAGCACCUCCUGGCCAAGAAGAAGAGUGAGCUGCCUAAGAGAAGGGUACGGGUGGUGGGCGAGACGGUCAGUGCGCAGCAGGAACAGCAGAAACAGGCUAAAGAAAAAGACAGCCCUGAUGCUGCUGCUGCUACCACUACCACCUCUGCCACCAUCCCCGCCCCUGCUGCAAAGCCAUCCCCCAGCUCCAGCCCCAACCCCAGCCAGCCGAGCGGUGGUCAGGUGCGGGUGAAGACCCUUGAGGAGAUCCGUCGUGAGAAGGCGGCGAGGCUGGGAGCCCAGGCCCCGAGUCCUCCUGCCCCCGCCUCUGCUACUGCUCAGGAACAGAAGAAAGUCCUGCGCAUCAACAAGGCACCUUCACCUGCAUUAGCUGACACAAACGUGCAGAAACCAGCAAAUGUGCAGAAACCAGCUGAGGUGGCAGAGAAGCCAAAGGAUGGUCCACCUAAUGAGGUGGCCAAUGGGAAAGUGGCGGCGUCGGCGGUGGUGGAGAAGGUGCGUCCGGACUCCAGCUCGGCCCAGGUGAAGGUGAAGAGCUUCGAGGAGAUUAUGAGGGAGAAGCAGCUCCGCAAGCAGCAGGAGAAGGAGCAGCAAGCCGAGGUCACCCAGUCCCAGCCUUCUACUGCACCACCAACGCCACCAGCAGCAGCUACCCAGAAGCCGACUGCCACAGUCAAGCUUGUCACCUCCCCUGCCCCCACCCCUGCCCCUGGCCAUACCUCCACCACUACCACCCCUGCCCCUGUUCCCACCUCCACAUCCACCCCGACACCCAGUCAGCCCUCUCCGGUUGUUGGCCGCAGACAGGCUGCUGCGAGGGGCAAGGCGGCCCUGGCUAAAUCCGCACAGACCUCGGCACCGGAACCAGAACCGACACCGGCACCCGCUGUCCACACUACUGAACCCCCAGCUGCUGCUGAUGUGAGUACGUCUCCACUUGGGCGUGGGGGAAGGAAGCGCAAGGUCGCUGCCACUCCUGCCCCAGCUCCUGCUCCAGUCCCUGCCGCUGCCCCUUCCCCUGGUCAGCAGUCGCCUUCCCCAGGCACCACACUGCCAGACAAUGUGGCGUCUGCAACAAAGCUGAAGGCAGCUGCAGCUGCAGCUUCAGCUCCGGCUGCUGCCCCAGCCCUCACCCCCAGCCCGGUUCAGCAGCAGGUCCCUGCCCCAGUGGUGGUGCAGCCGGAAGUGACUGUGAGUGCCGCGAAAAGGCAGAGGAUGGCUCCUGUGCCCGCUCCUGCUCCUCCUCCUCCUCCGGCACCAACACUGGCUGGGCCUCCCACACCUGCCCCAGCUCCCGUUCAGCAGGUCCCUGUCCCCGUCCCCGUCCCUGUUGUGCAACCAGAUGUGAGUUCUGCGAAAAGGCAGAAGACCUCUGUAGCUGUAGCUGCGGCUCCGGCUCCAGCACCAACCCCAACCCCUGCACCCAUGGCUGUUCCGCAGGCUGCCGUGCCAACAACACCGGCACUCCCAGACACAGCCUCUGAAGCCAGCCCCCUCAAGAAGUCCCCGGAGAACAAAGUGAAGCCCAAGGUGAAUGUGAAGCCGGUGGUGAAGGCGUCCGCAGUGAAGCCUUCUGCUCACGUGCGGCCGGGCCAGAAGAGGAAAGCGGCAGCGGGGGGCCAGAGUUCGGCUGUGGCGGCGGUUAAACCCCUCAGCUCCAGCUCCCCCAACCCCACCCCCGCUGGACAGGAGGUGCCCGAGCUGCAUGAGCCGCCCAGCAAACGCAUCGAGCUCUGUGCUCCCUCGUCGUCCGUGUUGGAGACGUCUGCCCCGGUGGCUCAGAUCCCACUCCAGGGCCCCACGGUCAGCAGCUCUGCCCAGGAGAGCAGUGACGAGCCCCAGACCGUGCCGGUGUUUGAGCACAGCCCCACCACAACGGUCACCUGCGUCCCAGCAGAGAGCAUCAUGGCGGUCCCCCAGAGCCCCAAGACGCCGAGCCAGCCGAAGUCACGCAGGGGAAGCACCACCACCGCCGCUGCCACUCGAAACACCAGCACCACCUCUGCAGCUUCCAGCACCUCAGCCGUGGACGAUUUCGAUGAGCUCAUCGGCGAGUUUGACAUGGAGGAUGACGAGGUGGAGCUGGACCCUGACAAGGGCGAGGAUGACAUCCUCCUGGAACUAUCGGAGAUGAUCGGCAGCUGAGGGUCGUUGGAGACUGCAGUCCAGACAAACCCACCGCGCAGUCGUGCACCCCUUUCUUUCCACUGUUACUGCCAUUCAGAAUGGGAGGGGAGAAAGACAAAAAAAAACAUUUUCUUAAAGCAUUUAAGCAUUUUAAUUUUUUCCUCAGUGUUUUUUUGUUUUUAUGACACAAUGGAUUUGUUGCAAAGUAAUUAGUGUUUUAAGUGUUUUAAAUGAUUUUCAGACACGUUUUUUUUCUGUUCAUGGUCCUCUUCCUUAAAGACAAUAUCAAGUCUUUUGGUUUAGCUUGUGUUUAGGAAGCAAGUCCUGUUCAUACCUCCACCUCCCCUUUAAGGAAGCAUCGGGCAGAUGGAGACAAGAUGAGAAGAGAAUCAUGUUGCUUAUUCUGUAUACUGUGUAUGCAAACAUCCUACCGUCAAGGAGCCUUGGAACAGGGCUGAGGGCUCUUCAAGCCCAAUUGGACACCAUGUCCUUAUGCUCUCUUGUGCUACAAAAUCCCUUCAGAUCAUGUACAGAAUUGUAUUUUUAUUUCCCCUUUUAAUUCAUUGUAUGAAUUCAACUGUUCAUGACUCUUAUCCCACAAAGAUGUGAUCUGCAACCCAUUGCAUUUUCAACCCCCGGGAAGCUCAAAGCCAUAGCUUACCUGAGCGUUUGAUAUGUCUCUAUGGUCCUUUGGUGUUCAUAGUUAAGUCCUCUUAGGACACCUGUUCUUAUUUUGUGUUUGUUUGUGCUGUUUUUAUCACUGGCAUCUGUAUGCUACACAUUAUUUCAAGGGACCAUGUUGUAUCUAUAUUUUUCAAUCACAAUUAUGGCUUGGAAAAAUGCUUCUCAGGGACAACGCUAGAGCAAGUCUGAUGGUUGCAAUGCAGGUGGCAAAUACUUUUCUCUGCUGAAAUGUAUCUUGUGCUUUUACCCCUGUUUUGUGUAGCCUCUUCAGUAGUGUGUAGUGUGUUGGGAUAUGAGUUUUGUGUGUGUUCAGCUCUGUUGGUUCACACAUCUUCUGUAAGUCGUUGUAAAUAAUAAUAAAACAUGUUAUGAUA